UAAUCGGCUUUAAUCCCCUGCAGAAAGAAUCCGCCGCCGCCGCCUUCUCCUCUUCCUCCUGCUGCUGCUGGCUCCCAACUUGCUCUCCGGGCUGAGGCUGCGGCUGCUGCUCCCCCGCCUGCGCGCCGCCGCCGCCGCCGCCGCCGUCGUCAGGAAAAUGUCAUCAAAUCCUGAUGGAGGCAGAAGUUUUGCUCGGAGAGAUAUUUUACUCAAGAUCCAGUCAGAUGCUCAAAAAUGGUGGGAGGAGAGCAAGGUUUUUGAGGCUGAACCUGGGAAUAAACCUCCGGGCCCUGGGGAAAAGUUCUUUGGCAACUUUCCAUAUCCUUACAUGAAUGGCUUGCUACAUUUGGGCCAUGCGUUCUCCUUGUCUAAACUUGAGUUUGGUGCUGCAUAUCAGAGGCUUCGUGGUUCAAAUGUUCUUUUGCCAUUUGCUUUCCACUGUACGGGAAUGCCCAUCAAGGCCUCAGCAGAUAAACUCUCUAGGGAGGCGCAACAAUAUGGAUAUCCUCCAGCGUUUCCUGAAGUAGAGGAUGAUUCAAGUGCAGAAGUUGCUGAUAGUAGCCAGGCUGACAAUGCGGCUUCUGUUGUCCCAGAUAAAUUUAAGAGCAAGAAAUCUAAGGCUGCUUCGAAGGUUGGCAUGCAGAAGUUUCAGUGGGAGAUCAUGAGAGGCUUUGGCUUAUCAGAUGAAGAAAUCGCCAAAUUUCAGGAUCCUUACCACUGGUUAACUUACUUCCCUCCAUUGGCGAAGGAGGACCUCAAGGCCUUUGGUCUGGGCUGUGAUUGGAGGAGGUCAUUCAUAACUACUGACAUGAACCCCUUCUAUGAUGCAUUUGUCCGGUGGCAAAUGAGAAAGCUGAAGAAAAUGGGCAAGGUUGUCAAAGAUAUGAGGUACACAAUCUACUCUCCAUUGGAUGGUCAACCUUGUGCUGACCAUGAUCGAGCAUCUGGUGAAGGUGUACAGCCACAAGAAUAUGUGUUAAUUAAAAUGGAAGUUGUUCCACCUUUUCCUCCCAAGUUGAAGACCAUGGAAGGAAGAAAUGUUUAUUUGGCAGCAGCCACAUUGAGACCUGAGACAAUGUAUGGGCAGACAAACUGUUGGGUAUUGCCUGAUGGAAAAUAUGGGGCCUUUGAGAUCAAUGACACUGAUGUCUUCAUUGUUACAUCAAGGGCUGCUCUUAAUCUUGCAUAUCAGAAUCUAUCAAGGGUCCCAGAAAAACCAACUUGCUUAAUGGAGUUAUCUGGUUGUGAUCUGAUUGGUUUACCACUGAAAUCCCCUCUUGCCUUCAAUGAGAUCAUAUAUGCACUUCCCAUGCUUACUAUCUUAACAGAUAAAGGUACUGGCAUUGUGACUAGUGUCCCAAGUGAUUCUCCAGAUGAUUUCAUGGCACUACAGGAUUUAGUCGCAAAGCCAGCUUUGAGACAGAAGUAUGGUGUCAAAGAUGAAUGGGUUCUUCCCUUUAAGGUUGUACCAAUAAUCAACAUUCCUGAAUUUGGAGACAAGUCUGCUGAGAAGGUGUGCCUCGAUCUUAAGAUUAAGAGUCAGAAUGACAAGGAGAAGCUUGCUGAAGCAAAAAGGAUGACAUAUCUGAAAGGUUUUACUGAUGGGACAAUGAUUGUAGGGGAGUUCAAUGGCAGAAAAGUUCAAGAAGCGAAGCCACUGAUAAAGAACAAGCUUUUGGAAGAAGGCACAGCAGUGUUGUAUAGCGAGCCUGAGAAGAAAGUUAUGUCGAGAUCUGGUGAUGAGUGUGUUGUUGCUCUCACAGAUCAAUGGUACAUUACUUAUGGUGAGACUGAAUGGAAGCAGAAGGCAGUUCAAUGCUUGGAGAAGAUGAAUACAUUCUCAGCUGAAACUCGUAAUGGUUUUGAACACACGUUAGGCUGGCUGAACCAGUGGGCCUGCUCUCGUUCUUUUGGCCUAGGUACUCGCAUUCCAUGGGAUGAGCAGUUCCUUGUAGAAUCUCUUUCUGAUUCCACCCUCUACAUGGCAUAUUACACAAUCGCUCACCUUUUGCAAAAUGGCAACAUGUAUGGCAAGGAAAUAUCUUCUAUCAGACCAGAACAAAUGACAGAUGAAGUCUGGGAUUAUGUGUUCUGUGAUGGUCCAGCACCCAAUAGUGACAUCCCUCCUGCCCUCUUGAGCAAAAUGAAGCUGGAAUUUGAGUACUGGUAUCCAUUUGAUAUUCGUGUCUCUGGUAAGGAUCUUAUCCAAAACCAUCUGACUUUCAGCAUUUACAAUCAUACAGCACUUCUUCCAGAGCAUCAUUGGCCUCGUGGUUUCCGCUGCAAUGGACAUCUUAUGCUUAAUUCUGAGAAGAUGUCCAAGUCCACAGGGAAUUUCCGAACUCUUCGACAGGCCAUUGAAGAAUUCUCUUCUGAUGCCACUAGAUUUGCCCUUGCUGAUGCCGGUGAUGGUAUGGAUGAUGCAAACUUUGUCUUUGAAACAGCAAAUGCUGCUAUUUUGAGGCUUACAAAAGAAAUUGCAUGGAUGGAAGAGGUUAUAGCCGCUGAAUCUUCUCUGAGAGCUGGGCCUCCCUCUACCUAUGCUGACCAUGUGUUUGCCAACGAGAUAAACAUUGCGGUGAUAGAAACUGAGAAGAGCUACAAUGCCUUCAUGUUCAGAGAUGCCCUUAAGUUGGGGUUCUAUGACCUACAGUUGGCUAGAGAUGAGUACAGACUCUCUUGUGGAGCAGCAGGCAUGAAUCGUGAAUUAUUAUGGCGGUUCAUGGAGGUGCAGACUAGGCUCAUUACCCCCAUUUGUCCACACUAUGCUGAGCAUGUGUGGCGAAACAUCCUGAGGAAGGAAGGAUUUGCAAUAAAGGCAGGCUGGCCAAUUGCUGGAACCCCAGAUCCCACACUAAGAAUUGCUAACAAAUAUUUACAGGACUCCAUAGUUAAAUUCAGGAAGCUGCUCCAGAAGCAAGAAUCUGGUUCCAAGAAACCCAAGAAGGGAACUGCACCUCCUCCAUCUGAGCAAAACAAGCUGACUGUUGGUCUGGUCUACGUCAAUGAGAACUAUUAUGGAUGGAAAGAGCAAUGUUUGAGGGUUCUCCAGUCUAAAUUUGAUAGCCAAGCACGUUUGUUUGCUCCUGAUGAGGAGAUUAAUGAAGCAUUGAAGAACUGCUCCAUCGGACAGGAAACUAACUUCAAACAAGUCCAGAAGCUCUGCAUGCCUUUCAUCAAGUCGAAAAAAGAUGAGGCGAGGAGUGUUGGGCCCCACGCUUUGAAUUUGAAGCUUCCUUUUGGUGAAAUGAGUGUUCUCGAGGAGAACUUGGAGCUGAUCAAGAGGCAGGUAGGCCUUGAACAUGCAGAGGUCCUGUCUGCUUCUGAUGAGGCUGCUCGUGCUAAAGCUGGCGUGCAUGCUUCUAUGCUGGACAAGACCCCGCCUUCUCCUGGUGAGCCAGUAGCAAUCUUCAUGAGCAAACUAGACCUCGAAGCGCGGUGCUGAGCUUAACUGUCACAAUGAAAUUGCAAAAUGAAUAGUUAGGAGGAGUUCACUGAGAUUUCCUUAUUUUCAUGCACAAGUUAAAGUUAUGUUAGCUUGCAGCUUCUACAGUAUCAUAGUAUUUUGUGGAAAAGAACAGUUUGGUUAUUCCCUGUAACAGUGAUGGUAUAAGAAACCCAUUUUGAAGAAUAAUUGAGUGUAUUGAAUGAGUUUUAUUUGCAUCAGGUUUGAAUUUGAUGCUUCUA